AUUCAAGGAAAGUGAUACGAAGCUUACCUGCUGCAAAGCCCAAAUGGAUUUAAAGUAGAAAAAUCUUUCUUACCAAACACAUUUGUCUUCUAUAAAUUCCAGGGGCGGUCAUAUUCGCCGGUCAGGCCAUAACCCAAAUCCUGUAAUAAACCUAAACUGCUUCACCUCUUUUCGAAAAUCACUCCUGCAGAAGCAGAGGAUGGACCGAGCUCCCCUAUUCAGCAGCGGAUUAGAAGUGGCGAGUGUGGUGUUGACCUCAGAUCUCCUAUCCAGUUCUUGGGAAGCCAUUUUGGAGCUUUGCAGCGAAAGCAGUCCCAAUGAACAGCCAAACUUGGCUUUCUCUGUCAAGCACAGAAUUUACGAGCGACCCAGUUGUACCAUUCUAGCUUUUGCCUCUUCACCCACUUGCACCAAACACCAUCUUCAAGCAGAAGCGGAUUUGGCUCCAUGGUCGACGCUUAGGGACACAUGCCCUCACUUUAAUUUCCUCUGCACCAAAGCCAACCCAUCUUUCUCCACUCACAAAGCUGCAGUUACCCUCUUUGCCUCUCUUGAUUCUGAGCUUGCAGACCUCAAAACCAAGGCUGAGAGGUCUACGCGACUAAUCAUCACUGGUCACUCUCUUGGGGGAUCUGUUGCUUCCCUCUUCGCCUUAUGGCUGCUAGAAAACACCAAUUCCUCAAAAGCCAAGCGCCCCCUUUGCAUUACCUUUGGUUCACCACUUCUCGGCGACAACGGCUUCCAAAAAGCCGUACUGGAGCGUUCGACGUGGAAUUCGUGCUUUCUCCAUGUAGCUUCCGAGAAAGACCCGGUUCCCAGACUCUUCAUCUCACCCCAAACUGGUGCUUACAAGCCUUUUGGCACAUAUCUCUUAUGUUCUGAAUCGGGCAACGCUUGUUUGGAGGAGCCUGAAUCAAUUUUGGAAUUGCUGGUGGCAAUGGGCUCUCAGUUCACUGGAAGUCAAGAUCCGAACAGAAGAUCGCAGAGCGUGAACUAUGGAGAAAUUGUGAGAAAUCAUAAGAGCAGGGUAAUUCGCAGAGGCGUAUCUCAACUGGGCGAGCGGAUUACAGACCCGCUUUGGGCAGGAAUCAUUGUAGUGUUGGACACAAUUGGAGUCGGGAGAGCGCAACCGUACCUUGAUGUGGCUACCCUAGUAAGAAGGGCCAAGGAUUUUGUAACCCAGAAGAAGAAGGUUUUUGAUCCAUCUAAGAAACUAAACGACGUAAAAAUCAACAUGGCCAAGCUAGAAUGGUACAAGAAGGACGCCAAGGCCAAGAAAAUUGGCUAUUAUGAUGCCUACAAAAACUCAGUGUCUCGACAGGACCGGGAUGUCAUCAAAUACAAGACAAUUCUCAGAAACUACUGGAAAGAGAUGGUUGCAGAAGCAGAGAGGAGGCCUCAGAAGGAAGGGGCAUCAUUUCGAACCCGCUGGCUCUAUGCUGGGACAAAUUUCAGAAGGAUGGUUGAGCCCCUCGAGAUAGCAGACUACUACAAGUGCCCCGGUGCAAAGGACUAUCGAACUCGAGGUAGAAGCCCACAUUACAUACUCUUGGAGAAAUGGCAACGUGAUGAGAAGAAACCGGCCGAUCCUGCAAACGAACCAAAAAUGGCCUCUAGUCUAACAGAAGAUUCUUGCUUCUGGGCAGAUGUGGAGGAGGCCAUAAUUUCGUGCAAUUUUCUGAACAAUGUCGAAUCUAGCCCCGAGGAGAAAGAGUCGUCGAGGAAGAGCCUAAUUGAGUUUGAGAAGCAUGUAAUGGACUUGAUAAGGGACUAUGCAGUUUCCCCUGAGAUUUUCUUGUGGCAAAGCAGUUUCAUGAAAUGGUGGAAGGAGUAUGAGAAAGUUAUAGGGGCUGAUAGUAAUUCGCCACUUCUUGUUUACAUGAGAGACGAGAAGUAUGAGCAGUAUGCUUAGUGGGUGUUCAAAGCUUCACCUGUUUGAAGCAUAGUAAGUGAAGUUUGAGAAUUGUAUGAGACAUUAACCAAUGCAAAUUGAUGCUCUAGCCCUUCUAAAAAUGCACUGUCCUUGCAUUUUCCAAA